CAUAUCGGAGACAUGUCGCAACGUACUCCAUCGACUCGUAAGAGUGUGAGUCAAGAACCUGUUACCUCUGUUCUACCUGAAGGCGACAUACCUUAUGAUCCAAAACAUGCCUGGAACCAAGAUGAAGAGACGCUAGCUGCACUGGGCUACAAGCCAGAAUUCAAGCGCGAGUUCAACCUCUGGACAACCUUUUGCGUCAGUUUCGCUGUUCUGGGUUUGCUGCCUAGUUUUGCUAGUACGUUGUAUUAUGGCAUGGGAUAUGCUGGAACUGCUGGCAUGACAUGGGGUUGGCUGGUCGCCAUGAUAGGUAUCCAGUCUGUCGCCGCCUCGAUGGCAGAACUCUGCUCCUCGAUGCCAACAAGUGGCGGAUUGUACUAUGCGAGUGCAGUCCUCGCACCACCCGGCUGGGGCCCUCUCGCCGCAUGGGUGACGGGCUGGUCCAACUGGCUGGGCCAAGUCACCGGCGCCCCCUCUGUCAAUUACGGCACUGCCGCCAUGACUCUAGCCGCAGCCUCCAUCGUCAACCCCUCCUUUACACCACAGAACUACCAGGUAUAUCUGUUGACCGUGCUGUUGAUGGUCAUUCAUGCUUGUAUGGCUAGCCUACCCACCAAGACCAUUGCUCGCGUCAACAGUUUUGGCAGUUCGUUCAAUAUCGUGGCGUUGAUCGUUGUGUUGAUACUCAUUCCUGCGGGAACGAAUAGACAAGAGAAGGACUUGCCUAGAUUUACGCCCAGUAAAGAGGUUUGGGGCGACAUCUAUGCUGGCACAGACUUUCCUUCUGGUGUCAGUAUCUUGAUGAGUUUUAUUGGUGUGAUCUGGACCAUGAGUGGGUAUGUGUUUCGUCUCUUCUCGGUUGCGAUUGGAAGUGCGACUGCUGACAAUACGCCAGUUNACGACUCACCUUUCCAUCUAGCAGAGGAAUGCAGUAAUGCCGCCAUUGCUUCCCCUCGGGCAAUCUUCCUCACCUCGGCCGUUGGCGGUACCUUUGGCUGGUUCCUCCAGCUCGUGGUCGCAUAUACUGUCGUCUCCAUCCCUGACGCUCUCUCCUCUGACCUCGGCCAACCUUUUGCCGCUUACUUAGUUCAAGUCCUACCACAAAAGACCGUCCUCGCUGUACUCUCCCUCACCAUCAUCGCCGGCUUCUUCAUGGGACAAGGUUGCAUGAUCGCCGCGUCUCGAGUCACCUUUGCUUACGCCAGAGAUGACUGUUUCCCCUUCAGCAACAUUUGGAAAAAGGUCAAUCAGCGCACACAGACUCCUGUCAAUGCAGUCUGGUUCAACACUUCGGUGGGCUGUCUGAUGCUUCUACUCAUCUUUGGCGGCCCCCUUGCCGCCGGCGCCAUGUUUUCCAUCGGCGCGAUUGCCGCCUUUGUCGCUUUCACCACCCCAAUCUUCAUCAGAGUGUUGUUUGUUGGAAACAGAUUUCGUCCCGGUCCUUGGAACCUGGGCAGAUUUUCCAUUCCGGUGGGUGUGGUGGCUUCCGCAUUUGUUAUCCUCAUGGUGCCGAUUUUGUGUUUUCCCUCGGUGGUUGGAAGUAAUUUGACCGUGCAGACUAUGAAUUGGACUUGUGUGGUAUAUGGGNGGCCGAUGACCAUGGUGAUGAUCUGGUGGGUUGUGUCGGCGAGGAAGUGGUUCAAGGGGCCAAAGGUAAAUGUGCAACAUAUGAUGUUAGGAAGAGACAUUGAUGGAGCCGAUGUUUUGGUUGGACAGGAUGUUGCUGGUGAAGAGGCAGAGGAAAGUGCUUCUCCUGUUGAUGCCAAAGCUGCUGAAUAUGUCAAGGCAUAG